CGAUUAUUCAGUACCCAACCAUAAAGUGUCUGCGGUGCAGCUUCCGCUGGUGUUUAAUAUAAUUGCACGCUAAAAUAUACAGCCGGCUGCCGACCAAAACCGAUUUCUAAUACCCAAUACCCGAGUUCUCACAUUUUCGCAUGAGAUUACGAAAAUGUACCUCACACUGGAUCUCGACGAAAAACAACUCGAGCAUAUCAAGAAAGAAGAGUUCUACAGGCCGGCUGACCGAUUGGACGAAGACGUGACUCAGCUCGUAGAAUGGCUAUCCAAACAACCGCACUUGCCCAAAAUCACCGGUGAGUCGUCGCGGGGUAAUAGAGGCUAUAGUAUUUUAUCACUUUUAGAUUCUGAGCGCAGCGAGGAAUGUGUUGGUUAAUGGUUUUACUGGGCGUAGCCCGUCUCCACCAAAUUUUGUUACUACACGAUUCUCGUUUCACCCAGUCUAGUGUAGAUCAAUUUAAAAUUAAGUUGUCAAUGGUUAUUAUUUUACAUAAAUUAUAUAAUAUUUAAGUAGCUUUUAGCGUUUCCCAGAAAACACCACACGAGGUAGCGAUACUCUUUGUUCUCCAAUUUUUUUUUUUUAAACUUUAAAUUCAGUUCACGUUAAAAAAAUUUAAAAUAUUUUUCUACAUAAAUUUCAUAAAAUGUUCUUUUACUCUAAAUCAAGCUAGUAGUACUUAUUCUGCGUAAGCAUUGUUUUUAUAGGUUACCCGGUAGUUGGACGAGACAGUAGAUGCGAGUUUAACGUCCUCUUAAAGAACGAAAUAAACAGUUCACACGCAUUCGUCGUAAGCAGUAUACUUGCUGAAUUGCAUGCCCAUAAAAUAGGAGUAAAUUUACUAUCCACAGAAAUACAAUUAUUAAAUAGUCGCAAUACUUAAUAAAUAUCUUCAACAAUAUAAUCCGACACUUCGUGGGAUUCUAAAUAUUAUAAUAACCCCAAAGUGUAUUAAAUCUAUUUACCAAAUAUGUCUGUAUUUUUUUUAUAUUCUGUAGCUAGACCACACUUUUAAAUAUUUCGAAACCACAACUGUGUUAAGUAAAAACGACUCACAGACUUUUUUGAUUGAGGCCAGAUUUCAUUAACAGCUGUGUGUAUGGCCAGAGAGGUCGUUUUUCGAUUUUCUCCGGAGUUUCCUCAACAAAUGUGAAAAAUCCAAAAAAAAAAACAUUUUUUCCUAUGAUCAGCUUUUCUACCAGCAAUUUUGCUUUAAUUUUUAAUGAUAGCUAUUUUUCUAAAAGGAAAUUCCACUGCGGAAGUACAUUAAAAAGGUCGUUUUUAGAUUUUUUCCGGGAAAAACUGGGAAAAAACAUAGGAAAACCGGGAAAAACGUAGGAAAACAGGGGAAAUCGGUACAACAUUAAACAAAUAAUAUUAAAGAAAAUAUAUAGAGCCUAUUUAUUAUUUUACUAUAUUAUAUGGCAUAUUAUGUUGAAAAAGCAUCACUAUCAACUGAACUCUUCUAAGAAUCGUUUUUUCAUAAGCAAUGGUUUAUAGUUCCCGUCUGUAUCCUUCUUCCUAAAUUUCCACUUACACCAGUGGUUGCAUCUAUCCCUAUUAUCUUACCUUUUUAUAUAAUUCGGUUAAAAAAUAUUGUAGAAACCUAUAUUUUUCCGAAACUUUUGUUGGUCUUUUUUAGACUUGGUAAAAUGUUGAGAUAUUUAUAGGAAUUUGGUCUUUUCUAAUUUUUCAGUUGUUAUUUGAUUUUGUGUGAAUAAAAUUAUUUUGGCCGAAAAAAAUCUAAGAAAGGGAUGGUUGGUUGACUUAUAAAUUUCACAAAAUAAAAAAUAAGGGCGACAAAUAAGGGUUAAUGCUAGCCAUGCAGCUUGCUACCCAAAUUUAAUUUUAAGUUUCGCCAUUGCCGUCACAAAACGACCGGCCAUAUUCAUUUUAAAAUUUUCAGAGAUAUUUUUUAUUUUACCAAUCUAGUAAAGACAUUUCAUCGCAUUGUAUAGUUAGCAUAGUUAAUACUUAUUUGCAAGAACGCCAGCGUGUACGUAUAAGCAAUUCGGCAGUUGUGUUUAUCCAUGCACUAUAUAGGUAUGUUAUUUAAACUUUUUUUCGGAAAGAAUAUACAGUCCGUGAAUUUACAAUGAUCCGUAUAUAAACGUAAAACCGAUUUUAAAGUUUUUAAUUUGACUUUUCGUCUCCUUUACUUGUAAUGAAUGCCCGUGUCAAAAUCAUGUGCUGAAUGCGUGGGUGUAUACUGUUAAUUAAAUGCCAAAAGGUAGUAACUAGUAUAAGUUCCAUUGACGUAUUUUUUGUUUGAAGCAACAUUUUUUUCGUUGUUGUUUAUUUAUACGAACACGCGAAUAUAGCAAAAAUAGGUAUAAUAAAUACCUUCGUGGGGGAAAUUAUAUUUUUUUAAGGGUUAUAAACGCGGUUUUUUGUUGUUUGUUUUUUUCAUAGAAUAGCUUACAAUUACCCUUGAGGACUUUAUUAAAAAUUAUAUAAGCCGUAAAAAUAAUUCAAUAUUAUAUUGUUCCUACGCGGACAGUACACCUAAAACAACAGAUAAACGAAUAUAACAGACGAAAGUACUCAUACACUUUAUUAGUACUAUUAUUAGAGUUGGACGAGGUUUGGUUUUAUAAAAUCGAGUCAAGUUGAGUUCAAAAAUCGAGUACUCGAGUUUACUAGUGCCAAAACAAAUUUAGAAAAAUGCGUUGGUUCAAGUAUUCGAUUCGCGAAAAUUUUAUAAAGACGAUUACUCAAACAGCUGUCAACUAUAUAACUAUAAUACAGAAGUAUAUAAUUUUUUAAUUUUGAUUUUUGUUAGUAUUCGGUUAAAAAUAACCGUAGAGGCCUGCAUUUUUCACUGCGUACUUAUAUUAGCAUUCUUAAAGGGGUAAAUGUUUACAAUUUUCUGGCAAUUCUUAAAUAAUGUACAGCCAUUUUAAUUUUGAAAUGGUCUAGACUCCAGAGUUUUAAUUAUUAUUUGGAUAACAUUUUUCUGACCCAGCAAAAACUCUCGUAAAAUUAAUGCGUUUUUCACCGUGGUAGAUAACAGAAAAUCGUGCGAAACAUCGUACCUACCUGUCCUAUAUUUUAUAGUACUACUUUUUUUUUUUUCUUAUCUUUCAAUUUUAAUAGCAAUUAUUUUAUGAAUAUUUUAUUAGGCCGGUAGUUUGAAUUAUGCGCAUAUAUAAGUACAUCAUGACGUUAAAACGACGAAAUAAUAUUAAAUCCGAGGAAAACGGGUAAACGUCAAUCUGCAAUGACAUCCAUCUUGUAUAGGAUUUAUAAGCCCAGGUCACCUUGGUAAUACGCCAUAAAAAAUAAAUCGAAACAUCAUUAAUAUUUAAUUAUAAAUUUAAUUUUUUUAAUUUACAGUUUUUGGAAGAAAAAUUUAGCAGCUACCUACCUUGACGCCUCCCCCCCCCCCGCGUACGUACACCUAUAAUUAUUAGGUGUGCAAUAUUGAUGUACUUGAUUUUGGAAACGAACAAUAAUACAUUCUAAACCGAAUCAAGUUGUUUUUUUAUAGAUAAAGUAGCCACCGCAUUCAAAUAUUUUUAACGAAUAUUUUUUGAAAAUAUAGUUUAAUCGAAAUUGAUUUCCACCUGAAGGUACGCUACUUUUUCCGGACAAUACUAACAAAACUAUAAAUAUUUGAAAGCAGUAUUAUAAGUAGUAGUAGUAUCCCUUUAUACGCGAUAUUCACAUUACUGUCUUCACAUACGUUGUUUUCGUUAAAAAUAAAAAGACGGACAUAAUUCGCACGUUGGGUGGGUCACUGUUAUAGGUGAAAAGUUGGGAAGGUAGGAUAUAGAAGGUAUAUAUAUAUAUAUAUAUAUAUAUAAAUCUGUAUGCAACGAUUAACCAUUGUUAACGAAAAAUUAUUCCAAGCGAAGUUCGGUUAUACAUGUUCAUGUUUUAAAAGACCAUAAUAUUUACUAAUUUUAUAAAAAUUUGAUAUUAAAACUUUUAUAAUAUAAAAUACUACAUUAACAUCAACUUUUCCUUGUUGACCACUAAGUACACCUUAUAAUGAACCUCCUAUUAAAUUUUCAAUCAUUUCUGUUUGGUCUAACAAUUUUAUCCACAGAGUACUUACCGAAUAAAAAUUAGGAAAAAAUUCGCAAAAUUAAAAUAACAAUAAAUAGCUUAAAAAUGGCUAAACAUUUUUGAAAUUUCACCACGUCUAGAAAACGCAAAUAUAAGUUUUCUUUCCCAAAUUCAAGUCUAUGAAUAUUUUGAACUAAAUUACAACAAAAACCAAAAUUGAAAAUAAUAAGAGCAUUAUUUUCGUAGAUUUUCCUGGUUUUCUCAAUUAUUAUGAAAACUGCUUGGGAAAUCAAAAAUGACUUCCCUGAAGUACCAACUAGAUAAAAUUUUCUUUUAAAAAAGGGGUUAUAUCAGAACAAAUUUCUGGUAGAAUUUGUGUACACAUUAUACACAUAUAAACAUCAUUGUAAAACCAAUACAACAUUCUUCACUUCACUCAGAAUCUAAAAAGAAAAUAUACAUAUCUUACACAAGAUUUCCGUGAUUUAUGAGCUGGAUAUUUUUAUGUUCGUGAUACAACAUAAUAUAGCCCUCAAGGUCUUUUUACUUGAAGAAUCUAUUUGUAGACACUAUCAGAUCAUUCGAUCGAAACCAGGAAGUUUGAUAAUGGCUAAUUAAUUUUAUAAUUAGUGCCAUAAAAUAAUAAUUGACUGUUCAAAUAGUGUGCAUGAGGCCGAGUUAUAAAGUUUACAUGCGUCCAAUUUUGUUUUUAUAAAAAUAUUUUAUGUAAUGAUUAUGUAAUUCAAUAAAUCAAAAAUUAAUAUAUUUCAGUAUAACAAUAUUUAGUAGCCGUUAAAAAAAAAAAGAUAACACUGUUGAUAGGAGCGCAACUGUUAUACGAGGGAAGUUAUGCAUUUAUAUAUUUUAUACGUGUACGCGAUGUUGAAUAAUUGCUAACGAUAAACGAUUCUGUGAAUCGAGUGGAGCUCGAUUGAGCAAAUUCUUUUCAACAAGUUACCAACAAAACAUUUAUUAAUUAAUGUAUUGUAAAGUUGAAAAAAUAUUAGAAUGUUUUUAAAAUUGUACCACGUCUAGAAAAGGCUAAUAUUAUGUGAAAAUUCCAGGUUUCUACGUUUAUUUUCAACCGAAUUACAAUUAAAAAAUCAAAUUCGAAUAUAAAUGAUACCAUUGUUCUCGUAAACUUUCCUAUUUUUUCCCAAUUGUCAAGAAAAUUACAAGAAAAAUCAAAAUAUGAUAAUAUCCUUUAUGGUCAACUAAAUCUAAAUAACUAUAUAAAAAGCUAUCUUGUCGGUACUUGAUUUUAGCAAGAUUUCGGGUAAAAAACCCGUUUUCAGAAAGAAAAAAAAAUUUAAAAAAAUUACAUAUAACAUAAUAACACCAUUACAAAUUAUGCCUAACCUAUUGAUUAAUAUUUAUAAUCAAUGGUAGACCUAAUAUAUGCCGCACUCGUAUAAGUACCACGUAUUUUUAUUAUUUUAUUUUUAACUAAGUUAAACCGGAUUUAAUAGUUUUUUCAUAAUAUUUUUAUAAUCUUGUACUUAUAUUACCUAUAUUACUUAGGUAUAUUAUUUCAUUAUAUAAUUUUGAAAAAAAAAAAAAACCAAAAACCAAUGUAAACUUAUUAAGAAUAAUAUUAAGUUCUAAACGUAAGUAAAAUUUAAAAAACCUAUAUAAAUUGAUAACAUAUCAUCAUAUCUAAAAUUGUGUUAUAACUAGCUUAUCGAAUAUAUAUAGAUAGAAAAUGGUUGUCACAUUUCAUUGUCGGGUGCAAAUACAAUGUGCAGAGAUCGAAACAAGUUAUCGAGGCGUAUUUCGUAGCGCGGGAAGAACAUCCGGAAUUUUUCUCCUCUUUCACCAGGGAACGGCUCGUGGAAGCCAUCGAUAACGGGCAAGUAUACAAAAACAUAACUUUAGUAGAUCAAAUACGUUAUUCAAUCGAUUGAAGAAGGUUAUUAUAUUAUAUUAUAUUAUAUAAUUAAAAAAAUUAUUAGAUAUAAUAAAUUAUAAUAACUCAAGAGUUAGCUUGGUUAUCGUCACCGUUAACAUUUCAGGACGGUGACUUUGUUUCCAAAACGCACGCCUGAGGGUAACCGAAUUUUUUGUACUAAAACCAACCCGUCAACGGACGACGACAAGUUCGACGUCAUGACCUUGCUGCAAGUGUCACUCGCCAUACUCGACUUGCAGUUGAAGGAAGAACCCAUGUAUGGGAACGUUUUCUUGUACGACCUGCAACAUGUCCGGCUUUCACAAUUCAUGGCCUUCACGCCGACCAUAACUAAAAAUAUUUUAAAGUGUGGUAUUGUGAGUAUACCCAUCAUAAUAAGACCGUUAAAACCUUCAUAUAUAUUACAGACUUGUAAAAGAUACUUUUUAAAAAUAUUUCUAGUAUACCAAUAUAGAAAUUGUUUAAAAUAAAUUUAUUAUAAUACAUAUUUGAAUGCUACUACAAAAAAAUGAGUAUGAAUAAAGAUACUUUUGAAAAAUAUUUUUGAAUACUUUUUUACACAUAAUUAUCACAUAAUAAGAUUUGUUUUAAAAUGUUGAAUUCAUUUGGCUUUCAAUUUGGCGCAAUACGAUGCGUUUCAGUUGAAAAUAAUAUGGACAACAAUUUUAAAAAUUAUACGAAUAUUUGCGUUAAGUCAUUUUUGUAUAAGUAUUUAAAAUACUCAAUAGGGUUUUCGAAAAAUCCUUAGAAAUUAUAUUCUAUAGUUGAAAAAUUCCUCAGACCUUAUGGAAAACUAAUUAUUUUUUUUUUUAAAUAUUAAAAAUGGCACAAAUUAUUUGCACGGCUUUAUAGUGAUUUACAAUAAUCGUUCAAUAUAAUAGUAUAUCGAAUAAUAAAAACUAAAAUUUAAUAAUAUUUCACUAAAAUACAACAAAUUGUGUAACCACUAUUAUUUUGUAAUGUUAAAAAUAUUGCAAAAUUAUAAUACUGCGAGUAUCGCUUUUAUUAUAAUAUACCUAUUCGCUGUAAUUCGCGUGUUACAGAAUUCGUUCCCGUUGAGAGUGAAAAGUGUCCACUACGUGAACCCUCCGAAAUUCGUCAGCCGUCUCGUGACGUUUUUCAAAAUGUUUUUGCCGAAUAAAUUAAAAGAUAGAGUGAGUAUCGGUUCCUAGUUGAAAUUUGUAGCAAAAAAAUUAAUAAAUAAAAAUAUAGUAAUUUGCUGGUUAUAACAAUCACGACUUUUCGAUUAUACUCCGUUGUAGAUGUUCGUACACGAAACGCUGGAAGAACUUUACCAGUUUAUCCCGCGAGACGUUCUGCCGGACAUAUAUGGUGGCACGGCUGGAAAAAUUGAACAAUACGAAGGCGAGUACUUUUACCAUGGAAAUAAUAAUAAUACGAACUAUAAAUAUAUGAAUAUUUCAUAGAAGAGAAUAACGAUCAUGAUGAGAUAAUUGAGAUAUUUGUAUUAAAAUGUGUGCCUGUAGUGGAGAAAAUCUCAGGGGAGCAUAUUAUGAUGCUAUGCGCUUUGCAAACCCUGGGAGCCCUCAAAAGUACCCUUUUUUUUUAAUACAAUUUUUCCCGAAUUACGUAGAGUAAAAUGUACCGGUUGUCCUCAAAAUAUUAUAAUAUUAUAAUAUGCAUGACUAUUGACAAACAAUACAACACGGUAAAUUGUACUUAAAUAGCACGGAGAUACAAAUGUAACGCUACUAGCGACGUAUUUACGGGGAGAGAGGUUAAUAAGGUCCGGAACCCCCUUCAUUGAUAUCCACUCAAAUAUGUUAUAUUUAAUUUUUUUUACAUGUUAAAAUAAUAAUAAUCUUUAUUUCAUAGUAUACAGUGGAUGUAGUCAACAUUUUUUGGCGCUUUGUCGAGUUAUCAAUUUUUACAAUUUUAAAAUAUCGUAAUUAUUUUUGUUAUCAAUUUGGUACCGAACGUGGUUAAACGUACUAAGAUAUUGGCAUAGAUAAUAAAUUAUCUUUAUUAUUUAUGGAUAUUGGGUAUUGAAUAAACCAAUAAUAAAUAAUCUGCUGUUAUCAAAAUUAAAAAAUCAAGAUAAUGACACUAUCGUCCGGUCACAGAAUAUUCUAUGGUACAGUCUAGAUAUUGGUGAGGUUCGUGUUUUUUGCUUGUUACCACAGUUAUCUACUGUAGAUAACCGUGCUUGUCACCCUGUAAAUCUUAAAAACUCCCAAUAACUAAGCAUAAUAAAUCAAACUAUAUUUUUAAUUAUUUAUUGUAAUUAAAAGCUCAACCACUAAAAUUACACUUGUUAUACAUGUAGUUCAGCAAUAAUAUUAUAUAAAAUUAUGUCAUACAUGUUUUGUAUACAUCUUAUUGAUUUGUUGUUGUUUUUUUUUAUAGAUAAUUAAUUUUAAAUAUUAUUCUGGCCUGUUCUUUUGAAUCUUACAUCCAGUAUAAUCGCUACGUCACCAUGAAACCGUAUAGUAUUACGUAUAGGUAAUUUACACAUAGGAUUAUAAAUAUGAUAUUUUUAUUUAAAAAUGGUUAUUGAAAGCUGUGGGGGUGGGUAAAGCACCCCGUGGCUCUAUGCUCUGAAAAUUAUAUAGACCCUCCCCAUGACAAAUUCCUAAAUACGCCACUGAACGGUACGACAACGUAGUAGAUAUGGCCAUAGUAUUAGUAUAAAAUAAUAAUGAAAAUAAAAUACAACAUACAUAAUAAAAUAAUAAACAAAAUUUAGUUUCAAUAAUGAGUGACAUACAUUGCAGUUUUUCAAAAAAAACAAUAAAUAAUAAAGAAAAAGUGGAGGCGAAAAGUCGAAAUUGAGGUACCAACCAAAUAUUCGGAAAAUACAACUAGUUUUUCUGAUAAAGUCUUGAUUAAAAUGAUCGAUAAUUAAGUGAAUCCAUUUCCACAGAUAUAGUGGGAAAGUCGAACAUGUACAGGGUGGGGCACUGAAACGGCCGAUUUUAAAAAUAGAUUUUCUCAAUAGUAAUUAAGAUAAGAAUUCCCACUAAAUAUUAUUAGUUCAACGAGAACACGCCAUUUAGUAAACACGGAACAGUGUAGUGGUGAAUAACGUGGUUAUGCAAUAAAAUCGUUUUACAAAAAUAAUAACAGUUACGUAGCCGCACAGUGUUCAAUCCGUCUUCAUUUUAACCUAAAACGCCAUGAUUCGGUAUCAUCGGCUAAGAUUAUAAAUAAUAUAGAUAACCAAAUUUGAAGAAACGGGUUCGCUAUUUGUGUAUGUUACGUGUUUGUUCGUUGAGCUCAACUGGUACGUUUGGCUGGGGCAACUGGUAAUUUGGUAGAAAGAAACUGGUACAUUUUUUAAAUCCCGAGAACAGUCCAUGAUGCAACUGGUCAACACCCAACCGGGGGCCCCGAGCUGUUAUUGAUGGAAAGCCCGGAUGGUUGAUUCCUGUGGGCAUAUGAUAUUGUCACCAGUUGAGAAGAAUCAAAGGUAGUAAGAAUCGUAAUGAAAAUAAACAUAGGAGGAAAUAAGCAGAGCGAAAAACAGACUGAAAAAGGGGUCGUGAUCGAGCAUUCUCUCAUUAUAUGAUUGACAUCCAAUAUACGCGAGACAAGUGACCGGAUCAAGUGGGAGUUUAAAACGAAAGCGGCCGGCUCCAAAUAGUUGGGAUAAAGGCGAACGAGAGAAAGAUCGAAGAUGCAUCUGCAGUGGGAAAAACAUAAUAUAAUACUAUGACGUUAACAAACGCAUUUUGUUUUAAAUGUUUAAACGGCCCGUAUUUACCUGUUUUCAGACGACAUGCUGGAAUUUCUGUUAUCGAACAAAGAAUGGUUGGAAAAUAGGCCGAAAGCCGAUUUGUCGAGACGACCCGAACAGUUGAAAACCGACGGGUCGGACAGCGUCGACGGUACAUUUAAACGACUGCAGAUUGAUUGAACGAUAUUGUAUUUUUUUAGUUUAUAUAAUUAUUUGACGAUACCUGUAGUAAUAACUUUUUACGCGGUACAUUAAUUUAUUUUCGGCGGACGUAUACGGUUUAAACGAAAUAUUUACAUAAAUACCGGCAAAUACAUAUUAUAACUGAAACGUGUAAAACUAAUAUUCUGCAG